AUGAACGUCGCUCGUAGGUCUAUGAUGCAUGCAGCUGCCCCCCAUUUUCUGUGGCCGUUUGCGGUGAGCCCUGCUGUUGGCGAUGCAUCGGCGCUCCGGGUCUGGGGAUCUCGGGCGUUUGUCCGCGACUUGUCUGCGGACAAGCUGUCCCCUUGUGCUGCUCCUUGCGUCUUCCUGGGGUCACCCCCUGACGCGCCAUGGUGGCAGUUCUACCACCCCACCUCUCGACGUGUUUUGUCCUCCCAGGACGUCACGUUUGACGAGUCGGUCCCCUACUACCGCCUCUUCCCGUACCGCACUCCGUCCCUCCCCCCACCCCCGCUCUUCCUUGUACCAGUCGAGCCUGACGAGGUCACUGGUGACUUUGUUGCUGCUGGGGGUGCUGAGCCUGGGGGUGGUGGACGAGGGGGUGCGGAGUCUGGGGGUGCUGAGCCUCGCGGUGCUGCGUCUGGGGGUGCUGGGCCUGGGGGUGCUGGGCCUGGGGGUGCUGAGCCUGGGGGUGCUGCGCCUAGGGGUGCUGCGUUCGGGGGUGCUGAGCCUGGGGGUGCUGAGCCUGGGGGUGCUGCGCCUGGGGGUGCUGAGCCUGGGGGUGCUGCGUCUGGGGGUGCUGAGCCUAGGGGUGCUAUGCCUGGGGGUGCUGAGCCUGGGGGUGCUACACCUGGGGGUGCUGAGCGUGGAGGCGCUCCGCCAGGAGGUUCUCCGGAUGCUUCGUCUCGCUGGGAGCCACUCUCUCCACUGGAGCUGCGCGAGUGGUUUGCCCGGCGCUGGCGCCGUACUGCUGGUGCUGGAGGUUCUUCGGCUGCUGAGGGUGCUGCUGGGCCUGCGGGUUCGACUGGAGCUGGUGCUCCUAAGGGUGUUGGCACUGAGACUACCGCUGGCGGUCCUGCUGGGGGUGCUCCUAGUGGUGCUGGAGGUUCUGGAGCUUCUGGAGGUGCUACUGGAGCGGGUGCUCCUGCUGAGGGUACUGGUGAGGUCCCUGCUGCUUCAGGCGUCGCGGCGCGGCCUCGACCGUACUUUCUUCCACUCCCGCAGCAGGUUCUUGGUCUUCCACCUUCUACUGGUCCUCCUCCUCCCUUAGAGUGUCCACAGCCUCCUGCGUCCCGCCCUGCGUCGCCUGUCCGUGCUGCUCGCACUAGUGGUCGUGGUUCGCGUCAGCGUCCUCCUCUUGUCCCUGGCAUGCACCGGAUAUCUCUACGUCCGUUGAGUGCUCCUCUGCGUGCCCCUUUGCCUUCUCCUCCUAAGUCCUCUCUUCCUGCUCUUGCCGACCCGGAGUCGGACUCUCUUAGUGCUGCCAGUCCUACUGUCACGCGUCUCCUUGCUAGUGUCGUCACUGACCCUUCUUUGAGUCUACUGCUGCGUCUGCUCUAG